UUACUCUUUCCAUUCGUUUUAAAAUGCAACUUUCUAUUAGCCUCUUCAUGGCAAGCGCUCUUGCUAUUGCCUCUUCGUUUGUUCAAGCAGAUGUUAUUACCUCAAAUGACUAUUAUCCUUUAACCACUAUCGAGAGUCAACAAGAUUUCUGUAUUUUCCUUCCUCCUCAACCUGGACUCGAGGUUGCUAUCAAUGAAAACAAUGGUAUUCCUUUCUGUUCCAACACUAGCCUUGUCAAGAACGCUACUCAAUUCCCUGAAGGUUUUAUUACUACUGCCCAUUAUUUGAAACAGAGCAAUUAUGUUCAAAUCACAGGCUUCUUUGAUCGUACAAAAUAUGACUUGGGCGAAACUGACGGUGGUGGACAAUACGAUAACCAUGAUAAUGGCAAGCCUGUAUCUGCUCAAUGUUUGGGCUACAACUAUUUUGUCAACUUGAUUGAACCUGAUAUUCAAAGAUUCUGUAUUCGUUGUUGCCAAGAAAAGGAAGACUGUAAUACCGGAAGAUCAGGUUACGGUUGUCUUCGUGUGGUUGAUGGUGAUUACACUAAUGAUAACAACUACAUUGACAACUCUACUUCUAGUUCCUCUAUCAGUAACACUCAUGAAAACAGUGUUUAUCACGAAUUGGAAUUCCUUACUUCUCAUAGAAAUGCUGACACUAAUGAUCAACAGCAAACAGAAGAUGAUGAGUCUUCUUCUGAUCCUAAUACUGACAUUGCCUCUGAAAUCGAAAGUCUUAGAAGCAGCACAGAUUCUGUUGAUGAACUCAAAAGUCAAUGGGAAUCCUUCACUACACAAUUGACCUCCGAUUACCCUUCUGCUUCCGAACAAAUCUCUGAACUGAAUACUCUUGCCUCUAGUCUUACUACAGCUGAACAAUGGGAUGCCUUCUUCAAGCUUGUUUCCAACAAAAUUAUUCAACUUCCAACUUCUGCUGCUGAUUCUGAAGCUAGUACUACUCAUACUGAUACCAAAGAAGAUUUAGAAUGGUUGUUUAACCAUCGUAAUAGCCAUGAUAACCAGGCUACUUGGUAAAAUAAUAAUAAACAUACUAAAAAUAACUCCAGCCAAGAAAGCGGAUAAUUUUACUCAAAA